GUCGCUUGACUCUGCUGGUCAACGUUUCACCAACAACGCGAUUUUUCUACGCGAGCCAUUUCUCCCGGCGCUCUCUCACCCGGUUAUUCACCGUUGUCUGAGAGAAACACCCCCCCACCGUAACACACACGUAGGGGCAACAACAAGUCAGACCCCCCCCCUCUCUCCUCGUCUUCUCGGCUGGCUCUGCUGCCAGCGGAACCUCGUCGGGAUGGACCCAGCAAGCCGAUACCAAGUGUUGCACAAUGAGGACGACUCUUCAGAGGCCUCAACCAGCGAGCAGCAGCCGUGCACUUCUGCCACAGCCCAGGCCGGUACGUCCAGCCAGGCCCAGAGUCAGGCCCAGGCCAGCCCGGCGCCCGCAGCAGCAGCAGCGGUAGGAGGAGCUGAGGCGUCGGGAUCGAGGACUCAGGGGGAGGCGGAGGCACCUCCACCUCCUUACGCCUCCAUUGACCUGGGAGCGACCGCCGCAGCACCCGAGCACCAGUUUCAGGGAGGUGACUUCCCAGUGCCUUCCCCCACAGCGUCGGCCACCUCGCUGCCCACGGUUAUGGACGAAGCGGAGAAGGCCAAAGCGUUUGCCGCCAUGGGCCUACGAUCCACCGUGGGACGGGUGAUGCCACGGGGUGGAGAACAAACACACAGAGACGAUUUCAGUGACGCCGAUCAGGCUUCGGGUGGAAACGAUUGGAAUCUUCAUGCUUGGCCUUUUUUCAUGGCCUUCCUGUUCAACUGGAUCGGGUUCUGCCUGUCCUUCUGUCUGACCAAUACCAUCGCAGGACGCUACGGAGCCAUCUGCGGCUUCGGCCUUUCCCUCAUCAAGUGGAUUCUUAUCGUCAGAUUCUCCGACUACUUCACCGGCUACUUCAACGGUCAGUACUGGCUCUGGUGGAUCUUCCUGCUGCUCGGCCUGCUGCUGUUCUUCAGGGGUUUCGUCAACUACCUAAAAGUCCGCAACAUGUCAGAGAACAUGGCCACUUCUCACAGAACACGCCUCUUCUUCCUCUAUUAAAAAAAAAAGGUUUCCACACCGUCACCAUUCCUUUCCAAUGUGAAGGAAAGAAGUAGGGAGGAAGUGUUACCAGUCUCAUUAAAAGCAUCGCGGCUCACUCUUAAAGCCUCUAGUUCUAAACCGAGGCGAAAAACCCAAGUCUUUGAUGAUCCGAUCUCUCCCCCCCUCGCUUUGUUUUUUUGUUUGUUUUUCAUUUCCCUUUCAUUCAAAGCUCUUUACUGCUCCAGGAUCGUGUGAGGAAAACCGGUCCCUGCAUAUGCGUCAUGACGCUCAAGAGUGGGAGUGCUUUUGAGAUCCAUGACCCUAGUUACCUGAGGCAAAUUCAGCAGACGCUCGGCACGAAGAGGGCUGCGCGCAAAUGAGGUAUCCAAUGUUUUUCAAGAGUCGCGGAAACACUAAAUGAAAGCACAAUGAAACUAUUUCAACGAAAUGAUGUCUUAAACGUGGAAAACACACAAAGAAACUAAGUUACUGUAGCUCAUUCGCUGUGAUGUUGCUUUCUCUGUGUAAGCAAACAGUGACAGCAGUCUUAUCAAGCUCAUGGUUUGAGUGAGACAACAUGUCUAUAAAGUAGCAUUUGGAAAUUUAAAAUAGAAAACGCGUAGGAAGCCUUUCAUAUUCAGACGUUUGCGACAAAGAUCAGGUAAGGAUUUCACACCGAGUGCAGCCCGUUCCCAGCUCCCUGCCUUUCACUCUGACCCAGCACACAUCUCUGAACCGCUUUGGCCCCAGUUUUGCCGCCACUCCACCUUCGUGGAACAAGUCUUACAUUAACCGCAAUGUAGCAAAUUCCAUAUACGAACAUCUCAGCCUCUCCGCAACUUAAUAAAAAAAGAAGAAAAAUGAGCAGAAAAUGAGGUGAGAUGGAAGAUUGUUUUCGUCUUUAAAGAGGUACUGAAAUGUGCACGUGUGAGGAAAAAGAAUAUGCAUUGAUCAGUUUACAUAUCACAGACCCUGACGCAACUUCAGACUCCUGUUGACGUUUUGCUUUAUUGCGACCAGACAGAAUAUGGCACAGGAGUAAAAACUAAACUCUUUUUAAAAGUCUCCCUUUUUAAGACAAUCAGUUCCAUUAAGCCCUGACCACUGGACCUUUUUUUUCCUAUAAUCUUUGAGCCACUGAACAAAUGCUUCGAAUAACAAACAGGAGGCAUUUACAAAAAUAGUUCUAGAUGAAGGAAGUGGCCAGGCAGUCAAUGAAAUGUGCGUCAUUUACAAAAAAAAAAGUAAAUGUACCCAAAUAAAUCUCCAGAAGUUUCUUUUUCCCUCCCUCUCUUUGCCUUUUAAUAACAAUAAUGCCGACAUGACCUAUGCAGCAAAAAUGUCCAUUCAUUUUGACAUUUUUGAAUCAAAGCAAAAUGAGAAGAAUGUUUCAAAUAUGCCUGCCUGAAUACCAAAAACCCAAACUGAAUCAUCUGCUCUCAUGAUCUCUUUUUUUGUCCCCCUUCUGCUCCGACUCCACACUGAUCGCCAAAUACGUCAUAAAGCAGUGUCUGUAAGCUACCGAGGAGCUAGUCAGCGGGAGGCUCCUCGCAUUUUAAAAAUCAGUGUUUUGUGUUUUUUAAGGCCACAUGGGCUGCUCCGGUCCGACCGGUGAAAAGUGGACCCAAACGCAGAGCAGCGCGGGAGGUCAGCCUCGUGUGCAUCUCCUGCAUCGGUGCUGUGGUAGCGGAGCUGAUAAUUAGCAUUUUACAUAACUUUUAACGUGCCAGGCUUGAGUAAAACUCUUUGGAAUAAAAGUAUGCAAUUUAGUUAUUUGUAAUAACCUACAGUAAUUGUGGAUGUAAAGUCCUGUGAUUAUGAAAUAGGUGUAGUUGAGUAGUUUUAGUCGUCCGACAUUGAGCUCAGAUUUGGUCCAGAGUGAAGCGGCUGCACAGAGGGAUCACAAUGUAGAGUGAAAAGUUAAGUGUGUGCGCGCUGUACACAUUUGCCAACUAGAUGAUUUUAACUACCAAGUAAAUCAGAGGGGAGCGCAAUAAAAACCAAUUAAAAUGUGACCGGUUGUGCAUGUUGUGCAUGAUUUUAGAGAAAUCCAAACAACGUGGAUCUCUCUCUGGGAUUUUCUGAUUUAGAUUAGACUCGAAUUUUUCUUCUGGUUUCUUUUCACGGAGCGAACGAGAAGCUUUUUGCGACGGCUCUUGUUGGGAAAAGGUUUGGAGAAACACCCCCACCCCCCUAAACCCCUCUUUGUUUAAUUCUUUUUAGUAUGCGACUACCUGAGAACAAUAUGUUGUCAUUUCUCGCGAGCAAUGCAGUCCAGGGGAAACAGUCCAGAGUGAAUGAGUAGUCUGCGCCAUGAAAACCGGACUGGACAAAGAAAAACAUGCUUUUUUUUUUUAUUCAUCCAGAAAAUGAAAUGUAUAUACCAGCUUAUGCCAAUCCAUGAUAUUUGCACUUUGAAGAACUGUACAGUAUGAUUUGUGAAUCUGCUUAACUUGGUGUGGUGGGUAGAGAAAAGAAAAAAAAAAAAAAGAAAAAAAAAUCAUAGCCAUCCAAGUUUUUAACUGGAAUUCUUAAUCAUCCCAAAUGGAUAAUUUGCCUUUUGCACUUUUUAUUUUUCAAUGAUAAUAUUGUUGUGUCUUGUUUUAUCGCUUUUAGCCUAAACUGUGACAGCUAAAGUAUUGCCCGACUUUAUUUUUAUUUGUUUUAUUCUUAUUUUGUUAUAUCCCACUUAAAGCCUCCUUCAGCAAUAUCAAGAUCUUUCAACCAAUUAAAAGCUCUGCUGCAUGAUCUAUCCACCCGAACGAGUGGGGUUAAUAUUAGGAUUAAUCUAGUACAAAUACAUUUCUUUGUUUGUAAAUAAAUGAAGAAAAAAAAAAAGUGAGACGGCAGACAUAUGUACUAUUUUUUUGUGUCCAAGAUAACCCUUGUAACAUCUUGUGAAACAGUUGUUAAUGCAUUUAUCGUAACUGGAAUUUUAAAAAUUGACAGAUGAUGUCUUACAAAAAUGCCAAUAAAGUUCAAAAGCCUGCCAGUGAA